AUGACUAUGGUUCGGCAAUAUCCCCCGCAACCGCCGCCGCAGCUUCCCUCGACCGUGGCCUACAACAACAUCGCACCUGCCCCGUCACACGCCUCGUUCCUCAGCAAUGACGCCAACAUCGACGGGCAUAGUAUCGGCCAGUACGCGAGACCGCAGCAGUACGCCCAUCCGCUAUCGAGACAUAACUCCUACGGAUCGCAGCCCUCCGAAUCUGGCCGCACACCCAAACCUGCAGAGCACAUGCUUCGCCGUAAGACGCCCAACGGAAUCUUGGCAGCUGCGUAUGACGGCACAUCUGUUGAGAAGAACGGAGAGCCACAUGCAACCAAACACAUCCUCCUUCCUGUAACAGCUGAAUCAAAGUUACCAUACGGUGUCAAGCAGGAUCUUCCUCUUCGCGCCCCAGGUGUCAACAGUGGCCUAGGACACAAUCCACAGGACACGUUGGAAUGGAGUCCCAGUCGCUACUUCGAGACCGGGACAGGGCUUCCGAGCCAGCAUCUACCACAGAUUGACUCCAUGCUUAAUCAAAUUCCUCCAUUGCAACCACUUCUACCCUAUCAGAUGUAUGGCCAUCCCUUCUGCGGACCAAUGGGCCCACCAUUCCAGACGCCGUUAAAUCCAACUGUUUCCAACGACCAAGGGCCUUUUGGACCGUAUUGGCAUGACGGCACCUAUAUCCCAUAUCGGCCUGCUGCUAUGCGGGAUCCUCGCUUCCUACAUCAUCCCAGCCAUAAUUGGAGUAACCCACACAGUAACGCCUUCAACAGCCACCCCUACAAUGCCAUGUCCAACUAUACUCACUAUCAGCAAAAUCCUGUUCACCUAGAUUAUGGUCAAGGCGCCUACAACCAUGCAAGAAGGCCCUCAGUAGACUUUCCAUCCUACGGGCAGCCUCAAAAUCAUGUCGCGUUAGACUACCAGAAUCAGUCACUUCCUCCGCCGCUUACACAACGUCCCCAGGACUUUCUGAACUCUGGCCAGACAACACCAGUGGCGGAGUAUGCACCCGUCAUACCGAAUGACGAGUAUGGGCUACAGUCACCUAAUGGGCAGAACCGAGAGAAGGUGUUUGCUUGGGCCCACGCGGUAUAUGUCGAUCUUCUCAGAUACCUUCAGUCAACACGCAAAUCAAACUCCCAAAACGCCCAUGGUCGCACACACCACAGACCACACAUUUAUCCAAAGCCACCACGGCAACCUGGACUUAGUCUUUCGAGUCCUUCUGCUAGUGGCAUGCCAUCUCUGGAACGGCGUGUCUCAUAUCCUGUUCCCACCCUAUAUGCCUCUCAGUCCAGAGCAGAGUUCCCAUCCAGGAGACCCGCGAUGCCGCAUUCGCGUUCGUUGUCCGCCUGGUCAAUAGGCGGUUCAGAUGUGAAUAGUCAAUCUUGGCAAGGCAUGUCGCCACAACACCCCAUGUUACCCUCAGUAUCAGGCAUGGAGCCACCACGUACCCUGCGGCGAAUAUCCGGCUCGGUCUCCAGUGCUCACCAGAACCUCCGCCAGGGCCUGCCUCCGAGCAUGACGGCUGCCUCAGCACUCGAAGCAAUCACCAAGCAUUGCGAAGAGAGCAAGUGGAGUUGGAUAGAUGGCAUUCUUCUAGGUGGAUGUCUAGCAUAUGCGCUAGGUGACUACCAAAAGGCUCAAGACUGGUACAAGCAUAUCCUUACGUUGGAUAAAGAUCAUGUGGAAGCAAUAUCUAAUCUUGCAGCUACUAUGCUUGCUCUCCAACAGAAGCGUGAAGCAGAAGAAUACUGGAGACGCGCAGUCAAACUUCGACCCAGCUAUUUCGAGGCCGUUGAACAUCUGAUUGGCUUACUUUGCAGUGAUCACAAAGGGCGUGAAGCUGUUCAGGUUAUUGAAGAAGUCGAACGCCAAUUGAGAUUCGCCAAGAGGGCCGAUGCUUUGAAGAGCCUCGAAGCCGAAAGCGAACGUGCGGCCUCUGAAUUGAGCGAGUCAAGCGUGUCGGAAGCAUCGGAUCGACCCGUCUUUGAGUUUGAGGGGGAAGAUGAGGCUGUCUUCAAGGAUUUGGAUGAGCUUCCUGGCUCGGAUCAACCAGGCUUCGGUUCAAGCGGAUACGCUGUUGCUGGUUGCGACAACGGUCGCGUUCUAGCUUUGGUGCAUGCCAAGGGCAAUAUGUUGUACGCUCUUGGUGACAAUGCUGGUGCUGCCAGAGCUUUUGAGAAUGCGGUUCUCAUCGGAGCUGGAUCCCACCCUAACGGUAUUGAUGGCCUCAUUAGACGCAUUCUUGCUGUUGUUGGGUAUGAUGUGUCGGAACGCUCUCCAGGCGGUCGUCGUAUGUCUCCAUCAUCUGAUCCGAUCUUGUUACCGCCGGAUGCGGCUACCAGGACAGCUCAGCUUUGCUUCCAACCGCACGGCCAACUCCCUGGCCUUAAACACGUUCCCAGCGAAGGACUCUCCAGGAAAGCUGCCAUAUCGACUACAAGCAACUCUUUGCUGUCAUUAGCGAAGAUUUUCCAGGACGGUAUGGCAACUAAUUCACCCAAAACUACCGUGUACCAAAGCAACUAUGGUGUGCGAGAGAUUCUAGCCCUCUACUAUCUGUCGCUCUCAUUGCAACCCAGUCCGUCGACAGCGAACAACGUAGGCAUACUCCUCGCUAGCGUACAGCAGUCCGCGCCUUCCAAGGCCAGUCCAAUGUCUCAUGCUUUCGCACAUCCUCAAAUUCCUGGAUUAGUCCCCGGCAGUGGAGUAGCUCUUGCGCUUGCGUACUACUAUUACGGACUUCAAUUGGACCAGUCCCAUGCACAUCUCUACACAAAUCUCGGAAGCCUUUUGAAAGAUAUUGGACAACUGGACUACGCAAUAAACAUGUAUGAACAUGCUGUCAAGUGUGAUUCGAACUUUGACAUUGCUCUUGCCAACCUCGCCAACGCUGUCAAAGACAAAGGUCGAAUCGCCGAUGCCAUCCAUUACUACAAGAAAGCCGUGAAAUCUAGUCCAGACUUUGCCGAAGCUGUCUGUGGGCUUGCUAACGCUCUCAAUUCUGUCUGCAACUGGGCUGGUAGAGGUGGUAUUGCCGAAGACGGUGGAUCAAGAGAUCGUUGGCAUGUCAACGAUAGCAGCAUGCUUCUAGAUGCUAGGAUUCCUGGUGCGUCAAGUUCAGGUUGGAUUCACAAGGUUGUGAAACUGGUUGAGAAGCAACUUGCCGAUGGUGAGGAUUGGGGGCGAGGCAUGAUGAAUGAACAGUUCAUUCAGGAUGUUAUCCGUCCCUUGUCUCUGACAGGAAGCGCACAAGAUGUGAAAGAGCAGGAGACCAGCAUGGUGUCAGUAUUGCACAAGUGGAAGGGUCAAAAGUGGGAGGGCGCUCGCAUCGUGCGACUUGUUGAGCGUGCUAUACGAUGGAUGACCUGGCAAUGGUACCAGGAUCGCUACAUCACUGGGACACAGCGACCACCAGCAUCCUAUAAGAGGCCCCAACUGCCGGCGGCCUUGACAGUACCCGCAGCACCUACUGUGCUCCCCUUCCACACAUUCACAUGCCCCAUGUCAGCUAAACAGAUUCGUCUCAUCUCGCAACGCAACGGCCUCCGCAUCUCUACUUCGACGCUAAGGCUUCCUUGGCUACCACCGACUGUCUAUCAGCCUCCUGCGCCGCCACAACCGUAUUUAAAGGUCGGUUACGUAUCGUCGGAUUUCAACAAUCAUCCAUUAGCCCACCUAAUGCAGUCGGUUUUUGGCCUCCACAACCCAGGCAGAGUGAAGGCAUACUGUUACGCUACCACAGCGAGUGACGGAUCGGAGCAUCGUAAGCAGAUUGAGAGAGAAUCGCCUGUUUUCUAUGAUGCCAGCAGCUGGUCAGCGGAACGACUCGUCCACCAGAUAACUCACGAUGGCAUCCACGUCCUUGUUAACUUGAAUGGUUACACUAGAGGCGCGCGGAACGAAGUUUUUGCUGCCCGUCCUGCGCCUAUUCAGAUGGCUUUUAUGGGUUUCGCAGGCACUCUAGGCGCUGAGUGGUGUGACUAUCUGCUUGCUGACGACACCGCUGUACCUCCGGACACGCUCCGACAAUGGCGCCGUAACAUUGACCUCCAAGACGCCCUCGUCGACGACAAUAGCGGUGGUACGGACGAAGAUUGGAUAUACGGAGAGAACAUUGUCUUCUGCCGAGAUACCUUCUUUUGUUGUGAUCACCGGCAAAGUGCCCCGGACUCGCAAGGACGCCAGCCUAACUGGGAAGAAGAGCAACAACGAAGGUGGGCCAUGCGUAAAGAGAUCUUUCCGAACCUCUCGGACAAUGCAAUCAUUCUUGCAAACUUUAAUCAGCUGUACAAGAUCGAGCCUACUACGUUCCGUACCUGGUUACGCAUUCUCGAAAAGAUACCCAAUGCAGUCCUCUGGCUCUUGCGGUUCCCCGACCUUGGCGAGACGAAUCUUAAACAAACUGCUCUUCUCUGGGCAGGUGCAGAGGUCGCAAGUCGCAUCAUGUUCACCGACGUCGCACAGAAACAUCAACAUAUCUCUAGGGCCCGUGUUUGCGAUCUCUUCCUCGACACACCAGAGUGUAAUGCACACACAACUGCUGCCGACGUUCUCUGGUCGGGAACACCACUGCUUACGUUGCCACGCUACAAGUACAAGAUGUGCUCUCGCAUGGCAGCUUCGAUUCUCAAGGGUGCGCUACCGAAGACGCCGGCUGGUGCGCAAGCCGCAAAAGAACUCAUCGCUAGCAACGACGAUGAAUACGAAGCCAUGGCUGUUCGCCUUGCACGCAACUGUACCUACAAUGGUCACCGAGCCCAAGGCCGUUUGAGUGAGCUUCGCCGCAUGCUUUACGAAUCACGCUGGACAAGUCCGCUUUUCGACACCCGACGAUGGGUCAGGGACCUAGAAGACGCUUAUGAGAUAGCAUGGAAGAAGUGGGAGAAGGGCGAGGGUGGCGACAUCUGGUUGAAACUCGAACAACCUUCGCGCGCUUAG